AACGGUGAGAAUUCCUGCUGUGUUAGCAUCCCCUCAGCAACUCCAUCAAUACUGCAUACAGCUGAGAAACUGGCAAAGGUCCCCCGUGCUGCAUUUUCAGGCUCGGCCAGCGAAAGAGUGCAACUCCCACGACCGGUCGGCUCAAGUCUGCUGCUGGGGGGUGGGGGGCUCUGCAAGGGGCAGUGCGCACGCACGCGCGCCCACACACACACACACACACACACACACACACACACACACACACACACACACACGCACGCACGCACGCACGCACGCACACACACACGCACCAGAGCCUCUGCUGCAUCAAGAGGCAGAAGAGGAGAGCGGAGGAGGGUACAGAGGGACACACAGACUGGGAAUACUCCAGAGGACAGAGCCAAUCCCGGAGAGAGACUGGACUGUAAGGAGACUCAUGUGCUAAUAUGCUACCGUGUCCCGCAGGGGAAGCUGAGCACCGGGGAGUUUGACAGGAUCUCAGUGCACCUGCUCCAUGCUCACCGAUUAUGUGGAGGAGCUGAUGUGUGCGAUGGCCAGCUUGGACCUGCAGGUUCUCAUACACACAGUCCUGUGUUGUCGUUACCUCCCAACCAAGCAGCCCAGCCCGAGGAUCUGACCGCGCCUCCCCUCCCUCUCCCCCUUCCCUCCCUCUCCCUGGGUGUCCCUCGAUCCUGGGCCCACCAUGGGAGGAUGCUUCUCCAAACCCAAACCAGUUGAAGUUAAAGUGGAACUCUCUCUCCUGGAAAAAGAAAAAGAGGUGGACGGGCUGUCACCUAAUGGUAAAGCGAGUCCCUUUGCUGACUGCAGACCUAACGGGGCCCUGGGACACGGCUCUGAUGACGACUCCACCCCGCUCCCCCCCUACCACAAACCACGGGACUACGUGGAGGCCUCGGUCUGUCAUGUUAAAGAUCUGGAAAAUGGACAGAUGCGAGAGGUUGACUUGGGAAGUGGCAGAGCUUUGUUGAUCAAAGAGCACGGGGAGUUCUCGGCCAUGGGCCACAAGUGUCCGCACUACGGAGCUCCCCUGGUCAAAGGUGUGCUGUCAAAAGGACACGUGCGCUGUCCCUGGCACGGUGCGUGUUUCAACAUUGCAACAGGAGACAUCGAGGACUUCCCCGGUCUGGACAGCCUGCCUACCUUCCAGGUCAGAGUUGAAAAGGACAAGGUGAUCAUUCGUGCAAACAAGCAGGCUCUUCAGUCACAGAAAAGGUCAAAGCCCAUGGCUCGAUGUUCAGCAGUCAUUAACUCCAGCACUGGCUUCAGCCAUGUUCUCAUCAUUGGCUCGGGUCCGGCAGGUCUGGUGUGUGCAGAGACUCUGAGGCAAGAGGGCUUCACAGAUCGCAUCGUCAUGUGCACCAUGGACAGACAUCCUCCCUAUGACAGGCCUAAACUGAGUAAGUCCCUAGACAGCACAGCAGAGCAGCUGAGACUGCGCUCCAUGGACUUCCUGCAGGACCAUGACAUUGAACUGCUCACAGAGAAAGAGGCUGUGGCAAUAGAUGUGAAAACACGAUCUGUGACCUUUGAAGACGGCUUGAGGAUGGAGUACAGGAAACUCUUUAUUGCUACAGGAAGCAAACCCAAACCAAUGAACUACAAAGGCAAAGACGUCAGGAAUGUGUUUCACCUCAGGACGCCCGAGGAUGCUAACAGUAUAGCAAGGCUGGCCAACAACAAGAACGCUGUGAUUGUGGGAACAUCAUUUGUUGGUAUGGAGGUGGCUGCAGCUCUAACUGACAAGGCCCACUCGGUCUCUGUCAUCGGGAUCGAGUCAGUCCCCUUUAAAAAAGCUCUCGGGGAGAAAGUAGGGAAAGCCAUAAUGAAGCUGUUUGAAGCAAACAGGGUGAAGUUCUACAUGUUGAACGAGGUGUCCGAGAUGAUUGGCCAUCAUGGACAAGGAAUUCAGAAACUGAAAGAGGUGGUUCUGAAGAGUGGAAAAGUCCUGCGGGCAGACGUGUGUGUCAUCGGAGCAGGAAGUGUUCCUGCAACAGGCUUCCUGAAACAGAGCGGUCUCCACAUGGACUCCAAGGGCUUCAUCACUGUCAACAAGAUGAUGCAGACAAACAUUGAUGGGGUCUUUGCGGGAGGAGAUGUGGUGAUGUUUCCUUUCCCGCCACGCAACAACAAGAAGGUGAACAUCCCUCACUGGCAAAUGGCUCAUGUACACGGAAGGGUGGCGGCGCUCAGCAUUAUGGGCCGAGCCACUGAGAUCAAAACUGUGCCUUACUUCUGGUCAGCCAUGUUUGGGAAGACCAUACGUUAUGCAGGUUAUGGUGAUGGAUUUGAUGAUGUCAUUAUACAAGGAGAUCUGGAUGAGCUGAGAUUUGUAGCGUUUUAUACCAGGAGUGAGGAGGUGGUUGCUGUCGCCAGCAUGAACUAUGAUCCCAUUGUAUCCCGAGUGGCAGAGGUCUUAGGAUCCGGAAAGACGAUUAAGAAACGAGAUGUGGAGACUGGAGACAUUUCUUGGUUGAUUGACAAAGGCUCUCAAUGACUUCACAUCUGAAGGUCCCAAAGGACACAGAUAAAGUCCACUGGACACCUCAAUAUGGACACUUAUGGUGCUGAGACACUGAGCAGCUAUCCCGGUCUGGACACACACACACACGCUCUCUCUCUCUCUCGGACACACACACACACACACACCCUCUCACUCUCUCUCUGUCUCUCUCUCUCUCUCACACACACACACACACACACACACACACACAUUGGGAACAGGACCGUGUCUGUUUGAGACACACUUCCCUGAGGACGACUCUGAAACUUGCUUUUGUUCCUGAGAGACACAAACGGAGCCAUACACGGUCUGAAAACCCUGAAUCACUGUGUUGGCAGGUCUUUUAUGAUCAUGUUGUGUUAUAUUUCACAACAAAGCAAUACUGGUUUCAGCCUCUGUUCUGCUGCAAGAUGUAUCUACCUGUACACUUUGUUUAUAUGAAGCCAGGGAUGGGCAUUGGCAUUUUUUUUGUACAAAUAACAUUGUAUAUAGCUAUAAUCCUGAAUGCACUGUAACAACAUAAGAACAUACAAUUUGAACUGAAUUUUUCUAAGUUUUAAAUAACAGAUUUGGUUGUAUUCUUGCAUACAGACCUUAGAUCUGCAUGGUAUAACUUUACUAUAACAGGAGUUUAAAAAAAAAGAGGCCCCAAAACAGAGAUAUGUCAAUGUAGAUGUAUCAGCAAAUAAAUCUUUAAUCUGCAACAAGACAAACUGCAUAAUCACCUCAGCAAAACCUUGAAUGCAGCUUUAACCGACUCACUAACACACACACACACACACACACACACACACACACAUACGCAGCUUUAAUUUGUGAUGAAUUACAAUGUUUAGGAUUACAAAAUACCUUGGUUGCCUUGCUAGUAGACUGCACAAAUUAAAUUCUAAUCAUACUUUGAUUGUACACUAGUGCUUGCACAAUAGAUUCAUGUGUUUUCUAACAAACAGAUCACUCCUUUAGACAAAUCCAAUAGUAGCUUAAGGUUAUUUUUGAUUUGAUUUUACUGUCACCUCCAUAGGGACAUUACUUGUUACUAACUCAGGGAACUGAGGUUUGAGGCCUGGGCUUACUGGGGUUAUUGGUCCUUUUGCAAGCAGAAAUGAAUUUGUUGCUUUAAUAUAUAUUUUCCCAUUUAUUGUAAUUUCACUGGUUCUUUCAUUUUCAUUCAGAAAUGCUUGUAAUGUGCUUUUGGGAUAUGAAGCAGAUGCUUGAUUACAUCCUGGUGUGCUGACGAUCCCGAAAUACUUGAGCCCUGACACAGCAUUUUAAAAAGCAUUGUUCUUCCUACAGAGACGCCUGGAAUGGCAUUUUUAUAACUAAAACUUUGAAAUAAAAGUCUUCCAACAAUAA